UGUAUUUCAAUCCCCCAGGCAUAUGUUUAAAUUGUUGUUGUUGAACGUUAAAAUUUCAUUGAUUUUCCGAAUUUUCCACCAAAGAUCGGGCUGUCUUCUACAUAAGUGCAGCUGUCUGUCUCAAGUGAUCCAUCUGCAUCAGCCGGUCAAGUGACAUGGCAGAUACGAGCAAAGAAAUGGCAUCGAGUAUUGAAAUCUGUAGAGAUUCUGGCAUGGUACUCAAAGAUACAAACAAAGAAUUGACAUCAAAUGAAUGCAAUCAAGUUUGUUACGAUGCUAGGUUGACAGAUAACGAUACAAGCAAAGAGCUGACAUCAAAUGAGAGUGGUAUUAAAAGCAAGGAUACAAGGAAAGAACGGCUUCAUACAACUGUGAAGGAACAAAUGGAAGAUGUAAUGAAAGACUCGCCAUCUUCACCAAGUACAAAUGGAGUAAAGGAAGAAAGAAAGGUUGAAUUUGUCGAGGAAGGAAGAGUUUUUCAUUCUCAUAGAUUCGAACGUGCAAAUAUUUCUCCAGUAAUAAUUGAGCCUGAAGGAAAUGGGGGAUGGAACUUGAAUGUGUUGCAUGUACAAAGCCAUGACUUGCAGGUAGUUGCUCGCGAAGGAUUUGAUAAUGAAGAGAUUCCAACUGCAUUUCGUCACCAAGACGGCAUACAAAUGCAAUCUACCAAUGAGAUUGAAACAAGCAUUUGCCACCAAAAUGUUACACGAAUAAAAUCUACUGAAGCGAUUGCAACAACCUUUCGUCACCAAGACGGCAUACAAAUGCAAUCUACCAAAGAGAUUGCAACAAGUAUUUGCCACCAAAAUGUUGCACCAAGGCAAUGUACUGAAGGAAUUGCGACAACCUUUUGCCAUCAAGUUGGGUCACAAAUACCAACUGAAAGCAAAAAAAAUACACCGCCUGAAAAAAUACACGCAGUAGCUUCUUCCUCUGCCACAGAUAAACCUAGCACCUCUCAUUGUGGUUCUAACAUGGGGGUUUUAGUCAGCUCUGGUAACUUUCAGGAGAAGGAACAUGUCAUACAGCCGGUUGUUACACCACGUGAAGUCUCCAAGCAAGAGGUUGCAGUGCAGUGUCAAUUUCCUGCACAAAUGCCGAUUCCCACAGAUGCUAAACCAUACCAGUGUCCGACGUGUUACAAAACAUUCGCAUAUAAGUGGUCACUCAAGGGUCAUGAACGUAUCCAUUCAGGAUUCAAACCCUACAAGUGUAAGCACUGUGAGAAAGCGUUCACCAAACAGGAUUUUCUAGACAAGCAUGAACGGAUUCAUACUGGUUUUAAACCCUAUGUUUGUAAAUAUUGCGAGCGAGCCUUCACACAAGAGAGUAAUCUAACUGUGCAUGAACGUAUCCAUACAGGAGUGAAGCCCUACAACUGUAAGCACUGUAACAAGGCAUUUGCACAACGAAGUAGUCUUAAAACACAUGAACGCAUCCAUACAGGUGUCAAACCAUACCAGUGUACAUACUGUAACAAGUUGUUUGCCCAUCAAGGGAAUUUAAAAGAGCACGAACGUAUCCAUACUGGCUUUAAACCUUACGAAUGCAGUUAUUGUAACAAGUCAUUCACAGCACGGAGUAACCUUGAUUUACACAAGCGUAUCCAUACAGGUUACAAACCCCACAAAUGUGCUCACUGUGAGAAAACGUUUUUACGGCAAGGAAAUCUUGAAGCUCAUGAACGCACCCACACAGGUGUCAAGCCAUUUAAGUGUAAGCACUGCGACAAGGCAUUUGCACAGCAGGGGAACCUCGAGAAGCAUGAGCGGAUCCAUACAGGUGUAAGGCCUUAUAGCUGUAAACUAUGCAACAAGGAGUUUUCGCAGCAGAGUCAUUUGAAGGUACAUGAACGCCUUCAUACUGGGGAAAAACCAUAUAAGUGUAAACACUGUGAUAUGGCAUUCACAUUUUAUGGCAAGUACAAAAAACACGAACUUUCACAUAACGUUGAAGUUGUCUCAACAGAGUCAUCUUACAGUGCAACUACUGUAACCGGCGCCACUUAGACCAAUUAGACAAGAGAACCAAUUAAAAUGUAGAACGAAAACAAUGCAUUCCAAAUUUGGGUAGUCGGACCAAUCAGAAACCAGCAAUUUGAUAGGUUCUCGCGGUCUAAGUGGCCCCGGUAGUAGUCGCACUGUAAGCGGUACAUGCGCGUAUUCAUAUCGGAGAGAAGCCAUACAAACCUACAUUUUCAAGUUCAAGAAACAGGAACUCUCAUAUGGCAUGGGAGUAUACUGAAGGCAGCCCUCGCUGUGUUUUAGUCUAGUGUUUUAACUUUAACUAAGAAAGAGGAACUGUUUAGAAAUAAUACAACUUCUUUAUCAAGAGAGAGAAAAAGAG